CUCUCUCUCGUACCAUCUAAACCUCGGGACAACACUCUCCUCUGCUAUUUCACAGCUGCACUACACAAUCGUAGACAAUGUGCUGUACGGCAGGACCUUUGACAGUUGUACGGAUCAUAAACAUGAAACUGAAUAACACCUGACAUCUCUAAAGAGCGCGAUUAAAGACAAAUCUCACGAUAACAUUGACAUUACAUGGAUAAACACGUAUGGCCUUGGAGUGAACAGAAAGCCGACACCUGCAGAGAGAGCAAUACACGUACUACAGGAGUAUUUGACACACCUCUGGAACGAAUCUCAAGGCCAGUGGUUUUCAAACUCUAUUGCAUACUGGCACACUAAAUGUACAGUUGGCCACACUCCCACGAGGUCCACCCAGCAUUGUCACAGCUGGAGAGACUGUAACCAUGAAGGACUAGAAGCAGUGAGCUUUGCUCGAAACAUUCAUUGAUGGGCAGGAGAGGUCUGAAAACAAGAUACCAUGGAGUUUGCUAUUGGUGCUGUGGCAGCCUGUGGGGCAUGCCUGGUGUCUAAUCCAAUGGAUGUCCUCAAGACACGCAUGCAGCUGCAGGGGGAGCUGAGGGCACGAGGACGCUAUGUAGUUGUGUACAAGAACAUUAUUCAUGCUGCGUAUGCUGUUGCCAAGGCUGAUGGAAUCCUGGGACUCCAAAAAGGGUUGGCACCAGCCCUUUGUUAUCAAGUGGUGAUGAAUGGAAUAAGAUUUGGCCUUUACAGGAGAGUCCUUGAUUCAGGAGUGAUAUCCCGGGCUGAUGGCAGCAUGUCUCCACUGGGAUGUGUAGCAGCGGGAGCAGGUGUUGGUGUCAUUGGUGGCUUCAUUGGCAGCCCUUUGUACCUGAUAAAAACCCACUUGCAAACACAAGCAGCAGAUUCUAUUGCAGUUGGACAUCAGCACAAACAUCAAGGUUUCUUGUCUGCUGUAUAUAGCAUAAGCAGCAAGGAAGGCAUUAGGGGCCUGUGGCGAGGGUCCUCUACUUCCAUUCCACGUGUAGGUGUUGGGUCUGCCUCCCAGCUCUUCACAUUCUCCAUGAGCAAAGACUGGUUAGACCAUUAUGAGCUGUAUCCCCGAGACAGCUGGCAGAGCACCUUCUUCGGAGCUAUGACAAGCGGACUUGUAAUUUCUACAUGCAUGAGUCCUUUUGAUGUUAUAGCUACACGAAUAUAUAACCAAGGGGUUGACAGCAAGGGGCGAGGUGUGCUCUACAGCGGCAUCCCGGACUGUAUUGUCAAGAUUAGCAGAAGUGAGGGUCUUAGAGGUUUCUACAAAGGCUGGUCUGCUAUUUACUUCAGGAUUGGUCCUCACAGCUUCUUUAAUUUGAUCUUCUGGGAUUCCUUGACGCAACUUCACAAAAAGUAUGAGAAAAAGAAUAGUGAGGAAACCACCUGAUGACAAGCCAGCUUAUCUAUAAAUGAAGAAAACAUAUUCCACUGAUCUUUUUAUAUUGUUGAUAGAUCACUCUGUUAUUGAUAAAACUGGUCUAUAUAUAAAAGUAUCAUGAGUAUUUUAAAGUGCCAAAAAUUCCUCAUUACCUCCUGAUGGGUCCAAGUUCCUUAACUGAGGGAAUUAGGAGAUGAUUACAAAUGGAAACAAAGACGAGUGGGACCAAAUGCUCCACAAAGGUAGUAACUGACAAUAACAUUAUACAAUUUAACUCGCACAACUCCUAAGUAUAAUCACCCUAAUAUUGUUUUGGAGAAAUGGAUGAUGCCAUUACAAGACCUUUAAUUUUUUUAUAAAAGUUAUAUGUUCUUAUGCUUAUUUAUUCUUGUAGCAAUGUGACAUAAUACACACAAUAUUUUUAUGAAAUGCUCUAGAUUCUCCUUUUUCUAAUCUAUGAGUAUUUAUAUUUCCCAAUUUCCUCUAAGUAGUUCCUCUUUUUUUCCAACUUACAAACUCCCUCUCUGCUUUAGAAAUUAGUAACCUCAGGAAAAUAUUUAUUUUGCCCACACGUAUGCCACAGUUUUAAUCAAAAUGCUGCUCAGAUUGUUGAAGAUGAUGAUUUAGUUAAGUUACUGAAAGCACUGAAGGCCAGUCUACAUUACUUUACAUGCAUCACCAAUAACAUUAACAAUGGGUAUCCAAUUUACAGUUUUCUGAAGAGUGAGAUUUCAGAGAUAUUUACACAGGAAACUUAAAUCUGUUCUCAUUGCAUUACAGUAAUUUGAAAUAAGCAUUAUUCACUCUUGAAGAAAUGGCAGCUGUAUCUACAAACUAGUCAUUUUAAGAACAUGAACACUAAUAUAAUAUUAAAAAAAGUAGGGCUGUUAUUCCAAUCAGUAUGCAGAUUCUAAGACAUAAAUGUACUUGUUUAAAAUUGAAAGACUUCAUGGACAAUGGUGGAAAACAAAUGCAGUGAUGUAAAUUAAACGUACACAUAUAAAAUAUAAUACGAAAGAAAUUUUCAUUAGCAUUUAUGACAGAUUGUCAACUUAAAAAAAUAUUGGAAAUAAAUGUGCUAAUAUAAUUUAGGUUCAUAUUCUCUAUUGUUUUCAAUGAGGUGGACAACAGUUUAUAUCCUUCUAGAAGAAUUUAUUAAAAGUUCUUAAACAACAUAGUAAGUUAUUGCAUUUAUGUGUAACUGUACACGCCACUGUGGUAGAACUUGUCAUUACAAUGAGAGCUUCUUCAAGCUUUCCAGUGGUACUGACAAAAAAAAAAUAUAUAUAUAUAUUUUAAGAAAUUCUGUCAAACAAAACAGACCACAUGAAGUGACAUUAUUACAGCCAAUCAUGAGCUGGUAAUAUUACUAAUUUUGGUACCACUUAGACAAUUCCCAGCUGAUGGCAUGAGUGGUGCAUUCCUAUUCUUGGGAGCAAAUAAUACCUCCCAUUUCAUCAGGCUAAAAGAAGGGAAGUGGUGUCUGAAUGUGGCAGAAAUACUAUAUUUUAGCACAGGUAUGUACUGUUUAUGCACAAAUCAUAUCAAAAUGUGGGAUGUUGAAAUUAGACAUAAAGUCAUCUUAUGUAAAACAGAAAACAGCUGGAAGAUGUAAACAGUCCAAUACAAUAAAUGCAAUGCACUAAAUGAAAGAAACAAUAAGUAUCCUUGUAGUGUACUUACUACACACAUGUAUUUUCCAGUGCCCAAAAUAAUUUCACAUAUUCUACCUAAAUAUUUUUACUUAAAUAUUCCACUUGUAAAAACUGUAUGUGUAUAUAUAAAAGGAGGUAUUCUUAUUGGUUUGUAUAUGUGCAUAUAUGAAUAUGUAUAUGGAUAUAGCUUCAAUUUGUAAAGGUUGGAUAUACUUUAUAAAUGUUGGUAAAUAUAAAACAUUAUAUACAGAGAUGUGAUGAAUGUACAUGUACUUGUCUUAUAAAUAAAAUGGAUUUAGGCA